AUGAGCAGCAAGAUUUCCUCUUUAAAGCACAAGUACUUAAGAAAGCUCGAAAGGUUUCCGUUUGAGUCGAAAGAGGAGGCCACUAGGGUAGGGGUGGGGGGUUGCACAGUAGGCUAUACGAGAGGUCUUGUUCCAUUAGAAACGCCAUUUUCAAUGAGGUCGGUCCGGGGCAGAAAGGAGAUAGUGGUGCCUGACGCGCCUAUCCAGGAAGAGUAUUUGUCGUCGUCCUCAUCUGGAGAGGACACAGACUCCGAGGGGUUUGAAGGAGAUCUGCAUCUAGUGAUUGAUCUUUUCGUGAAAGGGAAGGAGAUUAUCCGUGAAGCUCCACUCACCAUCGUUAGGGGCAGGAAGUAUGGUCUUGUGGGAAGGAAUGGGAUAGGAAAGACCACGCUCCUGAAGGCCAUCAGAAAGAGGAGGUUUGGAAUUCCAAGAGGAAUGAGGAUCUACAUGAUCAAGCAGGACCUGAUUGUUGAUGAGACUGUGGAGGACUUUGCAGGGGCUGAAGCUGGGAGAAUACUGAACGGGCUGGGGUUCACCAAGGACAUGGCGGUCAAGAACAUGAGGGACUUAAGCGGAGGGUGGAGAAUGCGUGCCCAUCUGGCAAAGGCAAUAAACGCAGAUCCGGAUUUGUUACUUCUGGAUGAGCCCACGAAUUACCUAGACAUCAAUGCGCUGAGUUGGCUUGAGGGGAAGAUAAAAGAGCUCAAGACAGUAAUCAUUGUAUCCCACGACAGGAACUUUCUCAACAACACCACGGAGAUGAUACUUCAUCUGAAUGAUCUGAAAAUCGAUGUAUACAGAGGGAACUACGAGAGCUUUGUGAAGCAAAGAAAAGAGAAGACGGCUUCAGCAAGAAGAGAAUAUGAAAGCCAACUCCUGGUCAGAGAGCACAUGCAGUCUUUUAUCGACAGAUUCAGAUACAAUGCAAAAAGAGCCUCUCUUGUGCAAAGCAAGAUAAAGAUGCUUGCAAAGAUGCCGACGCUUGUUGCUCCCAAGCAGGAUCCCGUUAUUAAGUUCACUUUUUCCUCCACACCUGCCCAAGGGGCACUGAUAGAGUUUGUCAACGUUGUAUUUUCCUAUGGAUGUGGAAAAGUGCUUGGGGGCCUGAGCAUGAAAAUCAACUCUGAUUCCCGGAUAGUGGUGGUGGGGGCCAACGGACAGGGAAAGAGCACAUUUCUCAAGCUUCUGGCUGGAAAGCUUGAGGCAACGGAGGGCAGUAUCAUAAGAGCCCCAUCCCUUAGGGUUGGAUACUUUGCCCAGCAUCACAUAGACCACUUGAGAGUCAAUGAAAAUGUGCUCGACUUUAUGAUGAAGUCGUAUACCCAGGAGGAAGCCAGGCGUGCUCUUGCAUCAUUUGGACUGAGUGUCGACAAUCAAUGCAUAGGAACCCUUUCUGGAGGGCAAAAGAGCAGGCUAGGAUUUGCAAUCAUCAACGGAUUGAGCCCAAAUCUCUUAGUUCUGGACGAACCUACAAACCACCUUGACAUGGAGUCCAUUGAUGCAUUGGCGGAGGCGCUUGGAAGGUUUAACGGGGCUGUUGUUUGCGUCAGCCAUGAUCUGAGCUUUAUCAGCUCGGCUUUUAGGGAAAUAUAUAUAUGCGAGGAUGGUUCCAUCAGGAGAUUCUAUGGAGACAUCCUUGAGUACAAGAAAGGCCUGGGUGUUUAG